ACCUCUGCAUGUUGACUCCUCACUUCAAAGGGUGGUCACAUCAAAGACAAGUCUGGUAUGGGGGGUUGAGGGGCCGCUUAGGGGCCGCUUCCAGCUUAUGCGCUCCCCUGGUGUCAAAAUGACGCCCUUGCGCAGGAACAUCAUCCAGCGAUAAUCGCGAUUGGCUGGCGGGCGUGUGAAGAAGCAGGAGGGGGAGGAAAGGUUUGAAUAAAACCACUCGUCUUUUACGGGUGAACUGGAUCGGAACUAACUGAGCAGACGGACCCUCGCCUGAGCAAAUUGACUGGAUGCGUUCCUCGUUCUGUGGCAAUGGCGAGAGGAAAUGUGAGUUCAUUUCACACGUGCAGAGAGAACUUUUUCUAAAUACCUCUCGGAGAUGCUGUGUGUGAAGCCUGGCUUAUGUUUGAGGGGUCGCCUGCAGUGAGAGCCAGUGAUGCAGAUGAGAGGCGGCAUGUGCGCGGCGCGCUCCUGCCUGCUCCUGCUCCUCUUUCAUGCGAGUUCGCUGGCGGAGGCGCGGAAGCCGCGCGGCGGACGAGCAUCCACUCGCAGACCGCAGCCGCAGGAGAGUCCAACUUUGAGAGAGCGAGUGGACGGAGCUGAGAGUUUCUCUUUGGACUUCACUGCCGUAGCGGGAAACGUGGACAAUUUCAUGGUGCAAAUAAAGAAUCUGGCGCAGUCGCUGUACCCAUGUUCCGCGCAGAAGCUGGACCAGGAUAUGAAGCUGAAUCUUUUGAAGAACGCGUCUGUUACCUGUAACGAUGGCUCACCAGCAGGGUACUACAUCAGGGAGUCAAAAGGCAGCAAGAGAUGGCUGCUGUUUUUGGAAGGUGGCUGGUACUGCUUUAACAGACCGACAUGUGACAGCAGGUAUGAGACCAUGAGGAGACUGAUGAGCUCCGCCAAGUGGCCACGUUCCAAAAAAGGCACAGGAAUCUUAUCUCCUCAGCCAGAGGAAAACCCGCACUGGUGGAACGCCAACAUGGUAUUCAUCCCCUACUGCUCUAGUGACGUGUGGAGUGGAGCCACUCCUAAAAGCGUGGAUGGCCACUACGCAUUCAUGGGCUCUCUGAUCAUCAAGGAGGUAGUGAAGGAGCUGCUGUCUAAAGGGCUGGACCAUGCUAAGGUGCUCCUUCUGGCGGGAAGCAGUGCGGGCGGGACUGGCGUCCUGCUGAAUGUGGACCAGGUGGCCAAGCAGCUGGAGGUACAAGGUCACACGGGGGUUCGGGUGCGAGGUUUGGUGGACUCUGGAUGGUUCCUGGACAACAAGCAGUACAAGUACAGCGACUGCCUGGACCCUAUCAGCUGUGCCCCAACAGAGGCCAUCAAGAGAGGCGUCAGGUACUGGGGUGGAAUGGUGCCAGAAACCUGCAGACAGGCUCAUGUGGGUGAAGAGUGGAAGUGCUUCUUUGGCUAUAAAGUUUAUCCCUUGUUAAGAAGUCCGGUGUUUGUGGUGCAGUGGCUGUUCGACGAGGCUCAGCUGACCAUCGACAAUGUCCACCUGAUGGGACAGCCAAUGCACGAGGGUCAGUGGAGGUACAUACAGAACCUGGGACAAGAGCUGAGGAGCACUCUCCGGAAUGUUCCAGCCAUGUUUGCUCCGGCGUGCUUAUCUCAUGAGCUCAUGACUAGAACCUCCUGGAUGGACAUCCAGGUGAAAGGAACCAGCCUCCCCAGAGCCCUGCACUGCUGGGACCGCAGUCUCCAGGAGAAAAGUGGCAACGGCAGCCGCAAGAACCCACCUACAAACGGAUGUCCGACACGUUUGAUUGACAGCUGCCCCUGGCCACAUUGCAACCCCUCGUGCCCAACGAUACGAGACCACCUGACUGGACAGGAGAUGGGUGUGAUCCAGUUUUUGAAGCACAUGGGGUUUGACGUGCAGCGCAUCGCUCAGCAGCAGGGGAUGGACCCCGGGAAGCUACUGGGCAUGCUCAAUAACAGCAGUUAAUCCAUGUGACAAACUCAAGAGAUUUGGUGUUUUGUUGUUUAGAAAAAAAAAAAAAAAAAAAAAAAGUCAAUGGUGCCACAACGGAAAAAUCAUGUGCUGUAUUCAAAUACAUAUUUAUUUUUCUAUGACAAAUAUUUAUAUACUGUAUAGCUACUGUGAUGAUGGAAUGAGUUCUGCCAAACAUGUACCUGAAGA